AUGGCACUUUCUCAGUUCUGUCCUCACUUGGUUUCUUUUCGAAUCAGUUGGGGAUGCAGUCGCAGUAAAACAGAUAAUUGGAUUGUCAUGUAUGGGCUUUUCUAUGGCAUCAAUGUUGACUACACGUCUAUUCUUUGGGAAGACUUCCUUACCUUUCUCCCUACCUCAAAGAAUAAGUUCCUGAUUCCUUAUCCUUACUGGUGGUCUAUCAUUAUUCAUGAUGUCAUCAAUAAUAGCAAUCUUACACCAGAGAAGAUUCCAGAAGGCCCACUACCACUGUACUUGCGUAUAUCACCAUAUAGGAUCCGUAUUGCAUCUGAAUCUGAGUUUUCACAACCUGUCAUCAUUCCAGAUGCUAUACUUGCAAAGCCGGAUGAAAACAAUGAGCCCACAUCUCCUCCUAAAUCUGGUACAAGCUCUAAGGCACUCUCUUUUUUAGAUUCCUUGUUUCAGCCUCCAUUUUGUUAUGUCGAACCAUCCUCCCCAGCCCUAGUUUCACCAGCAGGAUUUCAGUCGGUUCUAGAGUGUCCGAGCAAUUUUGUCUCCUUGGAUUAUGACUCACUUGAGGACGAUGAUCAAGACAGUGAAAAGCAUAUCCAACUUGAAGAUCUUUCUAAAAGCUCUCCAGUACAAGAUAAUCAAGACGAGGAUACUCCAAUGCAAAUGGUAGACAUACCUUCUAGUGAAGGACUGAUAGUUGAUGAUGAACCACACGACAUGUCAAUUAACCUAUACUCCACACCAUCUACCAGGACAUUCAACAUUGAUCUUGAUAAUUACUCUCCCUCACCUCAAAAAGAGUCUCAAGAACAUGAUUAUACUCAUGAAGCUAAGUUCUCUUCUUUUCCACCAGAUCCUCAUCAAGACGAUGGUACUCCAGUAGAUACAAAUGAAGCAAAUACAUCUGAACCUGAUCCUAAACGUAUUAGAAUAAAUGCCCAGAUGGUAGCUGAUGGUAUUGAGGAAAUUCGCUUUCACACAUCUUCUCGCUCUAAAUAUCUGGCAAAAUUUCAGUGGUAUCUUGAACGUAUGGCAGACAAUGUGUGUAUCCUUAAUGAGACAACAAAAGCACAGGUAAAAAAACUUAUGCUUGCCAUUGAAGACUUUGAUGGCACAGCUGCAUAUAUCAGGGGACAAGUUAUUCGUAACAUGCAAAGGAUCGAAACUCUAGAUCAGAAAAUUCACAACACUAUUGAAGAUUGUCUAUCUCCGAUGCAUCAGAAAAUAGAUGACUUUAUUCAGUCCUUAUCCAGUCUAGAGUCUGUCUACGAAUCCAAAUUAGAUCAUCUGUUGAAUCAUGUCACUGCUCAAGACCGGUACAUUUCCACUCUUGAGAAUUCCAUUGCAGAAAUAUCUGAAGCUUCCAUAUCAUCCUCCACCUCUCCCUUUCAAACCUUUAGUGAGCAAAAAGACAAUAACUCCUCACGUGAAAUAUCUUCUCCUCAGAAGGCUAUUCAGUUGCUAGUAAAUGAAUUUAAGGCUAUCAAGACACAAUCUUCUUAUUCUGUUAUACAUGAACUUCAGCAAAAAGUUGCCUUGACUGAUUCCAAGCUAGACUUGAUCUUGGCAAAGUUAUCUGGUUCAAAUGAUAGGCCACCUGGACGAGAGGGGGAAAAGUUCAACAUGUCCAGAUCAAGUCAGUCUCCUAUCAUACAUCAAAUUCUAGACUCACCAAAUGAGUUUGAGAAAAGGAGACAAGAGAAAUUAGAGUCACUCGACAAAAUGGCUGCUGACGCAAGAUUAAAAGCUCAACAGAAUAGAGCAAAGAUGGCAGAAACAGAAAAGGAACUCAUUAGAAAACAAGGGAUCAAAAAUCCAACUCUAAAAGUUCCAAGAAGGAAAGAUAUUUACAUCACCAAACCUGUCACCAUAUCAGAACCAUUCGCUCAACAAAAGCUUCCUCAAAUUGAUCCUAAGGAUAGAGGAAAACAGAAGUAUGUCUUCAGAGAUUCUUAUCAGAAGGUCAAGCUCAUCAAGCCCACAAACUUCUUCACACCUCCUUCAGGCCUCACUAAAGAAAAGUGGGAUAUUCCUGCACCCCCGAAUGGUAUGAAGUUCAAUUUAUGGCCUAGUGAAAUUUAUCUAGUUGAGCCUGAUGUAGACAUUGAAGAGCUAGGACAAAAGGAAGCUGAGGAGCCGGAUUUGGAUCUAAAUAUGGAAAAUGAGUCACCUGGGAACAUACUAAAGAACCCACACAGAGGAGUUGUAUUCUCUUCUAAAGGUCGACUGAGAUUUAUGAGAAUCUCUCAAAAACAUCGAUUCUCUUCUGAAUUCAUUCAAGGCAUCAUUGGUUUAUUGAAGAGAACAUGA